AUGCAUUCGGUAUCAGCGUCAUUGUCAUCACCCGUCGGUACUUUGCUGCCGAAACCAAAAAUCGAAGAGAUAGCGAUGGGACCAACUAGCACAACCCCAAUUUCGAUUAAGGUGAUUAAUGGUAUCGAACGUUUGGAAGAGAACACGGAAAUCGGGCAUGCUAUGAAUCUUAGUGAAGCAAAGACAUUCACUACACAGGUCGGAGGGGAUGAAGAAGGUGUAUCAAGCCUUUGGGAUAUCAUUGCCGAGUCUCACAUGAAGAUAGAAACCUACGGGGAUCAAUCCUAUGACCAGGAACCGGUAUCGAGCUUCGUAUCCUCGACAACUGAAUUCUCCUCGACAUCCAUAAGCUUAGCGUCUUCAUCUAUUUCAUCGACAAGUCUCCCGAUAAAUGAAGAUUCUAGUUUCGAAACGCUGUCCUCGUCAUCUUCACUUACGGGCAACCCUUCACCGUGCCUCGGACUUAGUCCAAGUCAUUUUGUUACUUUUGAGUCUCGUCCGGACGGCACUUCAUUCCCGCUAUCAAAGCCCAUUGUUCGUGAGGACGGUCUUUUGCUUGUUGGCACAGAGAUCAUCACGGAUGCCUUAACUCCAGCUGACGAAACCAACAGAAUAUAUGUCACAAACUUUCUCGCCUCACCUGGAAUCGCGCAACCACCAGCUCACAUUCUAGUAGAGCGGGAGGUUCGAGAUAUGCAAUGGAUGGGUGCUCAAGCUGCAGUUUUGGCAGUCGGCAAAGAGAUUCAAGUUAUCCAGUUGGGCGGUGGACCUUGCCGGCUGCACGAUCCAAUCAUUUCGGUUCACUCGGGAACUAUACGAGAGUUAGCUGUUUCGCCUACCACGAGCUCAUACGUGUUAUCUGGUGGUUUCGACGAAACUGUUGUGCUGACUGAUUUCCGGAACCAGGGAGACCCUCAAGCUGCAGCUAUCAUCGGAAAAUUUGAUGCAAGCGACGUAGUGAGCAGCGUUCGCUGGGCACCAUCAGAUUUUCAAUUGAGCUGGACAACUGAUGCAGGCGACUAUCAGAUCGUAGAUACUCGCGUUCGAUCACCGCAGCUCCAGCUACCUCUCUACAAGUUUCAGAAUCUAGAUGCGGCGGGUGGUCUCUUCACACAUGAAUACCUGAGCAGCUUCAACAUCGCACUUGGAUUCGAGCUUGGUCACAUCGCUUUUGUGGAUAUCCGGAUGCCUCGUCUCAACUCUUGCACGUCGACGAUCAAGUCAAAAUUAUCUAGCAUCGGUGAAAUUCGACAUUCCAAGACCGACAAAAUCGCGAUAUUUGGUCGUGGCGGAUUCUCGACCGCAAAUAUCGAUGGAAUGGCUAAUAAUUUGGAGCAGCUUACCCUGCAACAGCAGCACACGCUGGCUUCGUACAAAACAAGCGGUGACUUCUCCUGUGAAAGAGACGUGUACAUGGCUGUCUCCGACAACAUGGGCAUUGUGUCAGUGUACACAGAUGACACUAUCUUUGGGUCAUCGCCAUCAUUCAUCGGCAACAGAAAUGGCUGGUAA